CUACCUCAGGGUGGCAAGCGUGCGGUGUGACGCGCCUGCGUAGUGGGAGGGCGCGGCGGCAGUUGAGGCGGUGAGCGCCGAGUGGUGCACCUACCCCGGCCACCAUGAGCACCAAGCAGGUCACUUGCAGGUACUUCAUGCACGGUGUGUGCCGGGAGGGCAGCCAGUGCCUGUUCUCGCAUGACCUGGCCAACAGCAAGCCAUCUACCAUCUGCAAGUACUACCAGAAGGGCUGCUGUGCCUAUGGGACACGGUGCAGGUAUGAUCACACGAGGCCCUCCGCUGCAGCUGGGGGGGCUGUGGGUCCCCCACCUCCCAUUGGGCCCUCUGCAGCCUUCCCAGGUCCUCACCCCCCUUCUGACCUCACUGUGGCUGCCAUGAAGAUGCCAUCCCGAGAGCCUGGGCGUCGGGAGAAGAGGACGCUGGUGCUCAGAGACCGCAAUCUCUCUAGCCUGGCUGAAGAGAAGACUCCCCCAGGCGUGGCCCCGAGUCACCCAGGUGGCUACAGCGACCCCCAGACUGGCCCUGAGAUGAAGCCCCAUUCCUACCUGGAUGCCAUCAGGAGUGGCCUUGAUGAUCUAGAGUCCAGUAGCCCCUAUACCAGCGAGCAGCAGCUGUGCCCCUACGCCUCGGCUGGGGAGUGCCGCUUCGGGGAUGCCUGUGUCUACUUGCAUGGGGACAUGUGUGACAUCUGCAGGCUCCAAGUUCUGCACCCUUUUGACUCAGAGCAGAGGAGAGCUCAUGAGAAGGUCUGCAUGGCAACCUUCGAGGUGGAGAUGGAGAAGGCCUUUGCCUUCCAGGCGAGCCAGGACAAGGUGUGCAGCAUCUGCAUGGAGGUGAUCCUCGAAAAGGCGUCGGCCUCCGAGAGAAGGUUUGGGAUCCUGUCCAGCUGCAACCACACCUACUGCCUGUCCUGCAUCCGCCAGUGGCGCUGUGCCAAGCAGUUUGAAAACCAGAUCAUUAAGUCUUGUCCAGAAUGCCGUGUAAUAUCCGAGUUUGUCAUUCCAAGUGUGUACUGGGUAGAAGAUGAGAAUAAAAAGAACGAGUUGAUUGAAGCUUUCAAACAGGGGAUGGGGAAAAAAGCCUGCAAAUACUUUGAGCAAGGCAAAGGGACUUGCCCAUUCGGAAGCAAAUGCCUCUACCGCCACGCUUAUCCUGACGGGCGGCUGGCCGAACCUGAGAAGCCCCGGAAACAGCUCAGCUCUGAAGGCACAGUAAGGUUCUUUAAUUCAGUACGGCUCUGGGAUUUCAUCGAGAACCGGGAAACCCGGCAGGUCCCCAACACUGAAGAUGUGGACGUGACUGAGCUUGGGGACCUCUUCAUGCACCUUUCUGGAGUGGACUUAUCGGAUCCCUGAAGGCAGCAGCUGCCCUGCCACCCUGGGCACUGAAGGCCUCCACUCUGCCAGGUUGGCUCAGGUAGCCCACCCCCUGCAGUUGAGCAGGUUGUCUUUGGUCUUCAUCUUAUCCACUCCAGUAUGACAGUACAGGGACACGAGGAGGAUAUAAAAUAACCUACUAAGCAUAUGCAAUCACUGUUUUUGUAGUUGGUAUUUUAGUUGCACCUGCAGCCCCUCGGGGGACCAGUUAACUGUUUGGACUGUUUUGAUUGCUUUUAGGGAAACCUGACUCCUCCUGUCCUUUUUGACCUGUUUUCUCAGAAACAGUAAACUGGUAGCUAAAGCAGCAGAUUCAUUUAUCUUACCAAAGGAUUCUACAGACCUGCAAAAGGACUCCUCUACAGUGAAGCUCCCUAGUGUAUUAAACAGCAUUUUGAUUUCUGUUUAAGAACACUUGACAUAGACUGCAUGCUGGGCUGAGUCCUUCCAGUGUCCCAGACCAAAGCAGCAGGCACGCUGCCACAUGUGCAGCAACAGUGAAAAGUGUGUCUUCUGCCUAGGAAAUGGAGUCCCUUCCUCUUGGGGGCUUGUGCCCAUUGUGGUCAUUCUGCUGAGGGCUCUAAAAGUGUUUUCUGGUCCUGAGAAGACCUGAGGCCAAGUCUGCUGCCUGAUUUUAACUGAAGAGUUCAGAUGACCAUGCAAGUCAGAACCAAUUUUUCCAAACCUGAAUUUAUUUUUGUAAAAAGCUAUAGAUCACCAAAUGUUUUAUAAAGUGCAUUACCUGAAGUGUGGGUAGAAGCUCUUACCUGACUUUAGAGUCCUUUUUGCUUUUUAUAGUUAGGCUAAGUGAAGUCCACUUCUGGCAGAGCUCUGGCCACUUCCUUGAACUCUGCUGCAGAAAGAAGUGGCAUAUGGAGCUGCAGCAGGACCAGGGCCUGCUUCCAAAGGAGUUAACAGCCAUCAAAACUAGAUUUAUUUUAUUUUAUUAAAAUAACAUAAUUGAGGAACAAUCAGAUAACUUGUAUCUUGUCAGGUGCAAUAAAAACAAAAUUAAAACCCAAAUCAUCAAGAAAA